CACCAAUUUACGCAUAUAGCAGUACUGCCCCAAGGGUGUGCAAUACCGUGCAAUUGGAGGUCUUUAACAAAAAAAGGAGUAAAAAUUAAAGAGUAAAACAUUGAAAUAAAGACACACACACAUACACACGUACAACACUUACAACCACGCAAAUAUUAUUGAUCUAUUAUAGUGUUAGUUCAAUUCUUUUUAAAAAAUCAAUACAAUUCCAUUGAUCACAAAUUUGCACCCGUUUUUGCACUUAUGUCGUACUGCAACAUAAUUGUUCGCUUUACGCUCGUUUUUACACGAAGGAUGCACGACGCUCGUAUCGCGCUCGUCGUGUCCUAGCGGGUGCGCGCGAAACCACACCACCAACAAGCCACGUGUUCGUUCGUUUUCGAAAAAACGAACUGUGGUCCCCGUUCAGUUGCGUUCCGGUCGUUGUCGAUGUACGGCAGAAGUAGUACAUCACUAGUGCAAUGUGAGACACCGAUGCACGUGAUCACUGUUUUAGGGACGGUUUAUUUGAAUUGUGAAUGGGUGAGUUUAAGUGAAUGAGUUGUACAGAAUGCGCAUCCACUCGGGAAUGCAGCGUCGUGCAGUGUCGUCUACCAUGUCGUUGGAUAAUUCUCUCGACCCGUCCCUGAUGGAUACAAGUGUGCCGGCCGUAUUUCCUCCCGCACUUAGACGCUACCCGUACAAUGGACUAACUGCUGCCGAAGAGUAUGAACAGGAGCAAAUGCAACGAUCACAGGAACCGAUCGGUCCUGGUGGUGUUAUGUUUGGUUCGCGUACGUUACCAACCGUUUCGGAACGGGUCAUCGGUUAUGGUAGACGAUCGAACGAUUACGAUGAUAAUGGUAUCGAAGUACAACAGCUGGCGAACGGUGAUCUGGCACUGAUCGGUAAUCGGCUAUGCCGGGAAGAUUCUGGCAUUAGUAUAAACGAUCCUCAUCGACUUGUGGAGGAGGGUCGAUUUGAGAGGUUGAAGAAAAUUUGCUCAUUCGGGACACUGUCGUCCAAUGGUGCUGCUGCUGGUGGAUCCGAUUCGGAAGGUUCCAAUGGUAUUAGUAAGAGUCAGCACUGGAUGCUGCUGAUCACACCCGUUGUGUCGAGCUUCUCUUUGGCACUCGUAAUAGCAGCAGUAGUUGGGCCUCAGUGGUUACUGACGGAGGAGAAAAUACCGAUAACUACCUACAACAGCAGCAGUACACAGCAUGGAGGAACUGGCCCGAUGGUGGUACAUCCCACCACUAGUUCCACGAAUAGUCUUCUACAUAAUCAGCAGCUCAACAUACAGCAUCCACAUUUAAUACCUGCCACAAAGGACGAUGUCCCCGGUGCCUAUCUGACCAAGUACACCAAAUCUUCACUUUGGAUGCUUUGCAGUAAGUAUAGCGGUGGUACAGCCCCGGGACAAUCGACGCAUCAAAUUGCGGGUGACGAAUUCCAGUGCUCCAGCAUCGAUUAUUUCCCUAGUGAAGGGUACAGUCCGGAUCCAAACGAUUCGACGAAUGCCAUACCAUAUACCGUAACGCAUUCGUCACCAUUCUUUCUCGCCUCGAACGGUGUCCUUAUCGUCAGCUACGGUCUGUUCCUGGUCGCCAUGUGCUCGACGAAGCACAAAAUCUGCUACUUCGUCUCCGGGGUGCUAUUUAUAAUAUCCGGAUUGCUAAUGCUGAUUGGGCUGAUAAUGUACAUCUCAAUACUGAAAGCAGAAAUAGGUUCGAAGUUGCGGCCAAGGUCGUCACUGCAGGCUCCUCAGUUCUCGUUUCGCUAUGGUCAAAGCUUCCUGCUGUAUGUGUUCGGGUUCAUCAUUACCGAGCUGUCCGGUAUCUUGAAUGUACUGAUCUACUCGAAUGUACAGCAGGAUGAGUACAGUGUGCACGACAGUGGCCAGUCAGCUUACCAUACGUAUCAAAACCUUUCCGGGGGAAUUCAUUAUAAUCUACACUAUCGGCGCGAACUGCCAGCUGUUGGUGAUGAGCACGCCAAAAGUCAGAAAGGACCACCGAUCGUUGACUACCGAUAUCCUUACGAUGGACUCGACUGUGAGACUACACCGAGAUACUAUUUCGAACAGCAACAACAGCAAGAUGAAAAUGAAGUCGAUUGCCGUAUACACAGACGGUCGUUUGGUCGUAUGACACACGAUGGGAUGUCUAAGAGUCUCACGGAUCUACUCUACAUGGAACCCUCGCAGGCAUAUCCUGAUCGGGAGAUCGCCCAAACACGUGUACGCAGCAAUGGUGAUGGACAACGCACAGAACACCUAUCACCAAUCGCAAAUCAGGAAUUCUCACACUGGUCCUCAACUGGAAAGUUAACACGAAGUGUGUCAACCUACACAGAUCUGCUACCGGUAGAUGAUUUUGUUGAACCAGAUGCGGUACGCAAUCGAAGGGCACGUUCCCGGUCACCGUCGCGCAGUGAUGACGAGCCUCCGGAAAAACUGAGCAACAUCUGUGGCCUGUCUCGUAACUAUCUGUCGCGGGAACUAUCGAAAGAAAAACUGUUCAACGAGUUCUGCAAAAAGGUUGGACCACGACCAAAGCCGAAGGAUAUCUACUACAUCGAGAGUGAUGGACGACACGGAGACAACAGCUAUCGUAGCGUGUUCGUAGUGGAACCAUCCUCUCCACAUUCAGGGCGCAAUCGAUCCACCCAGCGAAGACGCAACUCGAUGGCGGACACGAGACGUAGAGUGGCGGUCCACGAACCAUUUACCUAUGCGUCCAACUAUCGGCAACGCAUACAUUCGGACAACUCAUUGGACGAUUUGAUGAAUGAUGCACAUGGUCGAUAUAAACGGCGUCGCGAUCCGAUCGGGCGGGCACGUUCGGUAGACUAUAGGCAAACGUUACCACGCAAUUUUCAGCAGCGCCACAUGGGAACGAGUGAACCAGAAGACGAAACAGGAGGAUUCGGUGAACGGAUAGCGCUGGAAAGGAAGCGCGUGUCCGCUAGUGGGCUUUUGCUGGAACCGGAAGGGAUGAAUGCAUCGCAUGGAGAUCUCUCCUCGGUGGGCAGAUGGCACAGAAGUGGAGAAAACCAUUCACUACAAAAUGAAAGUGUAAAGGACAACAGAACACCGACCACAUCGCAUUGCCCGAAAUAUCUUGAUCCACCUCCUCCUACCUACACAUCCACAGUUUCUGCUGGACACCAAAAGCAACAGCAAAGAGAUAACCUCGCAUCCUCCUCUCAUAUGUAUCGAAGCUAUGGGGAUGUAUCUUCGCAGCAGGACUUCCGCCGACCAACGAUCCUUUCGCCUCACGCUUUCUCACCGAUUAAUCAGACGGCUACAUCGCCAGCAUUGCGUCCCAUUCUUACUGUAGUGCAGCAACAGCAACAACCAGCACACCGGCACGUUCACCAUCAGCACCACCAUCGUCAUAAUGCCGUGCAACAGCAGCAACAUGGGGCGGAAACGGCUACCAUUAACCGCAACCAUUCGGUACCAUCGCCAGUGUUUGAUCUUGAUCGUAUCGAGCAGGAAAGGCGUAAAUCUCACUCGCAGCUUUUUCUCAACAGUCCAGCCAGCAGUUCAACCGUAGAGCAGUAUGAUUUUGUAAACGGAACAGCCGUAUGAACAGAUACGGAGAUACUAUGGAGAUAAUCAUACUUAAUCAAUUCUCUGUGUCAGUCGACUUGUCUUGAUUUUAAGUUAAGCUAUAAUUUGCACUAG